UUUCAGUGCGCCCCCUUCCCCCACCUCCAUCCUCCUCUGGGGUGUGUGAGCGCAACUGCACCUGCACCUGCAACUGCACCCCCACCAUUGUCACCUGCUUCGUUCGCGCUCCCGCUGCCACUGCCACUACCUGCCUCUCCGUCUCUCGCCGUAGCGUCGCUCUCUGCCAGCCUCUGCCAGCCUCUCAUUCUCAUUCUCUCACUCUCUCUCCGCCACGAGGGGCAGGUUUUCCUGCUUCCACCGCUCCCUUCUCGACUCGAAGAACUUCGUCCGUCACUCACCCGAGUUGUUCAACUCACGCUUUGCUUGGCGUUGACAGAGCAGAGCUUAACGUCUCCAACCGAACCCUUCGGCGCGAGGCACUGCGCUUUGGACUUUGUGCGCCCUAAACACCCGUCAUUGUUCCCCACGAAUCUCGAACACCACCGACCCCGAUAAGCGGCCCUACGUCCCCUUCCUCGUUCGCAAUCAAUUUGUCGACCUUUCAGAGACCGACUUCACCCCAGAAAUCGCCCCCUCGACUGUCGCUAUCGACUUACGUUCCGACGACGAUUGCAGCUGUUGACCUGAGCUUUUAAGAAAGGGCUCUAUUGGAUCUCGAAAAUUGCUUACGAGCACACCACCCACCUCCCGGCAUUGGCCGUCGACACGUUGAAAGCUUGCGGCUCAGAAAGUCAGUCUGGUCAUGAUGGACGCCGCCUCUUGGAACCCCCAGGACCCUGGCUUGGCAGCCAACCACGAUGACGAGUUCCAGCAGUUUUUGGAUAUGGGCGGCAUGGGAAACCUCGGCGACACCAUGCCCUUCGACUUUCACGAUUAUCAGUCUGGAAACGCCUCGGGAAUGAUGCACCAGCCCGGGCGUGAGCAGCUCGACACUCAGAUGGGAGGGACCGAUGCCUCCAUGGUCAUGGGGAAUGCCAACUCGGCCAUGCAGGCGCAGCUCAUCAACAUGACGACCGCCGCUGCGCAUCCCGCCAUCCCAACCCAGAUGAUUCCCCCGGCGACGCCCACCGAUGCCAUCACGGAGAUCGACGCCCAGAUCCAGUAUCUGCAGCAGCAGCGGAUGCAGCAGCAGCACCGCCAGAUUCAGGAACAGCAAGUUGCCUACUACACGAACCAGACACAUGCUGUGCCACCAACGCCCCAGAGUCUCGAGAUGCCGGCCGCUAGCAACCAGUUCUUCUCGACAGACCAGAGCCACACGCCCAUGUUCGGCAGCAGGUACCAGCGGAUGAAGGAGCAGCAGGACAUGGCUUUUACUCCACUGGUCUCACCCGCAGUGACCCCGUUGGAUCCCCAUUUCCAGAUGGAAGCCGGCGGGUUCACCAUUCCGGGCGCAUAUUUCAGCCCUCUGACGUCCCCAGCACUUCAUGCGCAAAGCGACCAUGGUAUCCUGUAUGACAGACGGUCGUCACUCUCGGCCCACAACUCCCCGGCCGAGAUGGAAGUCGAAACGGCCACGCAGCUUCCCGUCGUCGACCUGGCAAAGAAGGCCCGCAAGACCAACGCCUCGAGGGCAAAGGCAAAGAGCAGCGUGCGACAGUCACCCAUCUCGAAGCCCCAGCGCAAGAAGACUACAGCAACACCAAAGAUGGUUUCCCAGGCUCUUCGAGAAGUGAACGAGGACGGCCUGGACCAAAUGUUACCCUCGACCGCCUUGCCGGCCCCCAUGAGCAGCGAGGAAUCGGAAAACGCAUCGGUAUCUCCUGAGAAUCUCUCAGAUAUGCCGCCGCCGCCCCUUCCGCAGCCGAAACAGUCGAGCAAAUCGCCAUUCAUCCAGCCUCAGCCUCAACCCCAACCACAUCCCGCGAUACCGGCCCACAUCCAAGGAAAACCAUCCCCUGCUACGCCGGCCUCUCUGAUGAGACUGCCUGCUUCCAGCGCGAACAACUCAGCCUCGUCAAAUCCACAGGAUCUAGGAAUGCCAGACAACAUCGAGUCGUUCGAAUUACCCGAGUCGGUCAACUUUUCCUCAAAACCACAGCCUCCGAGACUGGACACGGCGACGUCCACCCAGUCGCCAUCCGACCCGGGCUCGGCAAGGGCCUCAUCGUCCCAGCCGCUGCCUUCACCAGUUUUUGCCAAACCUGCCACCGCCGCUUCAGCAAGCGCAAGUCCCAACCUUGGACCUGGCUCAACUGGCCCGACGGCAAGAAAGACGCCCAAGCUCAUGGCCAGAGGCGCUCAGGGUAAGAGAGGCAGCGUCAGCUCGGUGCAUGUUUCCCCUGCGUUACGACCGAGGAUAUCUCCCAGCAUCAAGCCGCUCUUGCCCGGCACCCCCGGUGGUAUGUCGGCCGAAGACACGGCUUCCCGUCUGCUGGCCUCCAAGUCCAACUAUCAAAAUAUCCUCGAGGGUAAUACAGUGCCCGGCGUAACGUAUCCCAGCGAGCUGUCGACCAACCUCACAUCGAAACGCACGUCGCAUAAAAUCGCUGAACAGGGCCGCCGCAACCGCAUCAACUCGGCCUUGCAAGAAAUCGCGACAUUGCUGCCGCAGCCACCCAAAGACUCUAAGAGCGAGGCCGAAGAAAGGAAAGAAAGAGAGAGGGAGGCCAAGGCAGGCGGCGCGCCGAACAGCAAGGCCAGCACUGUGGAGCUCGCGAUCGAGUACAUCAAGCAGCUGAAGCAGGAAGUCGCCGACGCCAACAGACGAGCCGAAGAGGCCGAGAAGAAGCUGCAACUGCAGGCAAGCUCGGCGCAAAAGGAGACGGCAGAGAGCUAGUUGCAAGCCCGAUGGCAACAACGACUUUGGGGCUUGCGACAAGACGGAGCAACUGGCAAGGCAUGAUAUACGAAACUAAUUCAGGGCACGGAGGGACAUUUUGGAAUUGUAUAGUUCACAGGCAGCAUACAUUUGCUCACUGUAUUUCGCCUCAGGUUGCGGGCGGCUCUUGCCGGCACACGCAAACGCAUUUCGGGCCCAAACACCCUAGACAAGUCUAGAACUGAGCGAGCUUAGCAAGUAGUACCGAUACCCGAUGAUUCCAGGACCGAGCUCCUCCCCAUGUCACAAAAGUAGCCACAUGUCAUGUGGCUAUUGUAUAUUCUAGGGUAUCACAAACAAUGUAAAAAAGAAUCAUGAUGCAUCGUUCCGCUCCCUGUCCACACCAUGCUCGCGAGCGUUUUCCUUCUUCGACAUCUGUAACCGCCCCUACUUCCCUGUCGCGGAAUGGCUCAUUGAGGGUCCUGGUGGUGGUGCUCCAAGACGUCAACGUCGAGCUCUUCCAUCACCUCGACGACUAGGUUGAGGCUCUCCAUGAGGCCGUUGACGGCGACGCGGAGCAUGCGGUUCGUGGUGGCCUUGUAGUGGACGCGGAGGACGGAGGCGGCGUCGGCGUCGUCGUCAAUGGAGAAGGUGCGUCUGACGAGCGGCGACAGCUCCUGGUCGACGGCAAGGGCCUUGUGAGCAACGGAGGCAAGGCGCGGGGUGGGGAAGGGGACGUCGAUGGUCCUGUGGCUUGAUGUCUUAGUGGGUUGUUUCUUUCCGGUGGUGAUUCAGAGACAGUGUGCCGCAAGGGAGGCGGGAAGGGGGUGGGAGGGGCAAGGAAAGCAAUACGACUACGACGACUCACAAGGAACAGGGAAACCCGUCAUCAGCAGAGUUGUUGUUGUUGUUGUUGUCGGCCAUGGUCGUGGUGCUGAGCGCGGCAAUUUGCGCUUGGAGGGGGAGGGGAAGGAUGUGGAGGGGGGUGCUUUU